AUGGAAGCAGCACGGGCCAUAACUCUGACUCUCAUACUGAUACUUGUUCUGAUAUGGGCAUGGAGGAUUCUGAGUAGGUUAUGGUUCACACCCAAAAGACUUGAAAAGCUUCUAAGAGAGCAAGGGUUUCAAGGCAAUCCAUACAAGGUUUUGGUUGGAGACAGCAAGGAGUUUCUGAAGAUGAGGGAGGAAGCCUUAUCCAAACCCAUGAAUCUCUCGGAUGACAUAGUGCCACGUGUGGAACCCUAUCUCCAUCAUAGUGUCAACACACAUGGCAAGAAUUCUUUUAUCUGGUUAGGGCCAACGCCAAGGGUGACCAUCUUAGAUCCCGAGCAAAUCAAAGAUGUAUUUAACAAGAUGUCUGACUUUCCAAAGCCUGAUACAAAUCCACUUGUCAAGCUAUUGGCAACCGGUGUUGCAGGUUAUGAAGGAGAAAAGUGGAGCAAGCACAGAAGAUUAAUCAACCCUGCUUUCAAUUUAGAAAAACUGAAGACUAUGCUACCACUAUUUUUCAAAAGUUGCAAUGACCUGAUUAGCAAAUGGGAGGGGAUGUUGUCUCCAGACGGAUCAUGUGAAAUAGAUGUUUGGCCUUUUCUUCAAAAUCUGACCAGUGAUGUUAUUGCUAGAUCAGCAUUUGGAAGUAGCUUUGAAGAAGGAAGAAGAAUAUUUCAACUUCAAAGAGAGCAAGUUAAACUUCUAACGCAGGUUAUAUUAAAAAUUCAAAUCCCCGGAUGGAGGUUUUUACCUACUAAAACACAUAGGAGGAUGAAGGAAAUUGACAGAGAUAUAAAAGCUUCACUCAAGGAUAUGAUUUACAAGAGGGAGAAAGCACAAAAGGCAGGUGAAGCCACUAAUAAUGACCUAUUAGGUAUACUUUUGGAGUCCAAUCACAGGGAAAUCCAAGAACAUGGAAACAAAAACUCUAAGAAUGUUGGAAUGAGUCUUGAAGAUGUAAUCGAGGAAUGCAAGCUAUUCUACUUUGCAGGGCAGGAAACCACUUCAGUUUUGUUGGUUUGGACAAUGGUGUUAUUGAGUAGGUACCCUUAUUGGCAAGAACGUGCAAGAGAGGAAGUCUUUCAAGUCUUUGGCAAUGAAAAGCUAGAUUUUGAUGGUUUAAGUCGCCUAAAGAUUGUAAGUAUUGUCACUAUGAUUUUGUAUGAGGUUCUUAGAUUAUACCCACCAGCACUUGGGAUGGCUCGACUUGUUAAAAAGGAUUUGAAACUUGGAAACUCUACAUUACCUGCUGGAGUGCAUGUGUUCCUCCCAACAAUUUUGGUUCAGCAUGAGUGUGAAUUAUGGGGAGAAGAUGCUAAGCAGUUCAAUCCUGAGAGAUUUUCCGAAGGAGUUGUAAAAGCAACAAAGGGUAGAGUUUCAUUCUUUCCAUUUGGAUGGGGUCCUAGAAUAUGCAUUGGACAAAACUUCUCCAUGUUGGAAGCAAAGAUGGCCUUGUCAAUGAUUUUACAGCAUUUCUCAUUCGAACUCUCUCCUGCAUAUGCUCAUGCUCCAACUAUGUCAAUUACUCUUCAGCCACAGUUCGGUGCUCAUAUCAUUCUACAUAGAUAUGAAAGAAAAUAG